UAUUCAAGAAAUGUUAGGCCUACAUGAAAAACUAUACUUGCAGUAGUGGUAUGAUAUUUUUUUUCCUUACAUCUUUUUGUUGUUGGAACAAUUACAUAGUUGCUUGAAGAAUAAAUAGGCUUAUAGGCUACAUGCAUGACAUGCCGAGGGGUAUGUGUGUGUCACUUUAAGAACUUGAAUGGAAAGUAAAAGAAGGGUUUGUAAGCAUACUGGAGAAUCAAAAGUGAAAGAAAAGUGAUCCUAUGUGUCGAAAUAGCUUCACCUGUAUAUUUGGCUAUACUUCCAACAGAUACCGACUCAUUUGCAUUGACUAUGGAACUACAAGAGAUCACUUUUUCUGGCUGGACUGCGAUUCAGGAGAAGAAGCUCCAUGAAGGCGUGGAGCCCAAACAAGAGAAAGUUUACACCAUGUACCAUGGCACGUAUCUCAAGUUUGCCCAGACUAUCAUCACCGGUGGGUUCCAGCGCUCCAGCGGUGGAAUGUUGGGACCGGGGGUCUACGUGAGCCGCAAUAUCGAUAAGGCAAAGUGUUACCCGCUGAAUGCUGACAAAAAGGACGCGAUAGUGUUAAAGUUAAAGGUGCGGGUUGGCAAGGUGAAGAAGAUCGACAUUGAUAACCAUCCGCUUCAGAAGACAUGGCACCAGAACGGUUACGACAGUUGCUGGGUGCCACCAAACUGUGGCAUGACCGCUAUUAAAUCUGGCCGUGAAGAGGAUUGCGUCUGGGAUCCGGCCCGGAUUGUGGUGGUGGAUGUGGCCUGCUGUCUGGACGAUAAAACGCGCUGGGACCUCCGAAAGCAAAUACGCGGAAUGAAGAGCCAUGGCGCAAAGAACGGGUGCAGCCAGUGCCAUCAGAAUACCUCAACCACUGGGUCUCACCCUAUUCAAAGAUGCUGGGCCUGCAUCGAACAGAUUUGCCCCUUUCAGAAUAAGCAUGUGUGCACAAACAACUAGUCCUACUUUGCGUGGCCUGUCUCGCUUUUUGACAUAUCACCCAAAAUCUGGCCCAUCACCUUGUAUUCCAUAUCAAAUUAAGCUUGUUUUAACGUGUUGUCGAUGUCAUAAAAUGUGUUCUUGUAUUUUUUGUAACCAUUGCAGCCUAAUCGUAUUGGGAUCCCAUUGAUUAGACAAAUGAAGCAAUAUAUAGGGCCAACAUGGAAUAAAAUACUUUACAUAAUUUGACAUAAAGAGUUUACAUUGGUGAUGAA